AUGGAUAAAGCAGUUGGUUGGAUUGAUACAGAUCUCAUCUUGGUACUUGUCAAUACGUAUUCAUUAAAUUAUAUCUGGUCAUCAUCACAAGUAUUUGCAUACAACGUAACAAUUCCCAAUAGUUUCGAUGUUAUAUCGAUUUUUCCCAACAUUCAACAGACAUUAACAGCCACAUUCGGUCCUAUUCUUCUCUCAUUGGUUAUUACUCAAAAUGGUACCGCAGUGAUGUUAGAUUCAGAUGGUAAUUAUUAUAUCCUUCUUCCAUCGCCUGCCGGUUCAUUCUCCAACAGUAGUCCAAGCACCUCACUGGCAUUAGCACUAUUGGAGGUGAUCAUAUUGGCCUCGAGGGUCCUGACUUUAUCAAGCGCCGGUCGACUACUGUCACAACAGCCGUCUUGCACACUACAACUCACUAAAGUGAUCAACCACACAUAUUCACUGGAAGAAGACGGUGAAACUCAAUUUAGUGGCGUUUGGUUACCUGUUUUCACCGAAAGUAUGGAUGAAAUGUUUGUCGAUGAAAAUGAAUACAAGUAUGCCACGAGUUCAAUUACUGUUCUCUCAAUUGUGAUUAGCGAGACGUCUUAUUACACAUUGAACAUACAAUGGCCAAUUACUGAUAAAGAUGAACUUAUUUUUAAUAAUCUUCUCUCCACAAUUGUAUGUCUCGAAAUCUUCGGUUUGGGUUUACUUAUCUUCAAACUCAUAAUUAUUCCAUUGUUGAAAUGGGUAUGUGACUAUUGCUGUCGGCGAUUUCAGACAAAGAAAUCGUCCGAAAACAAUCUUGAUCUACCAGAGAUACUUGUUCGAAUUUAA